CUGAACUGCGGUCGUCCCGAGUGCGGCCACUCUCGCCCGCACCGGCCGCCGCGAUGAGAUAAGACGCCUGCGGUCACACGCGUCGAGGACCAGCUGUUCGCCAUGACGCCCCAGGUAGCGCUGCUCCUCGCCGUCCUCUUGGCAGGUGUGCCAGGGGGAGGGGCUCGAGGCGGGAAGGGAGCCAAGGGCGCAGGAGGAGGUGUCGGUCGCUAUGGUUACCGCGGCAUCUCCAACUCGGGGGGCUAUGAGAUGACAUGGGAAGAUAUCGUGUUGGCGAUGCAGCUGUCAGCUAUGUGUUUCGGGGCGCUGCUUGCGCUGUGUAUCGUGGCCUGUUGUGCUUACAAGAUCUGCGGGCCGGCUCAGGAGGAGGACUGGGGGUCGCGUUACUCAGUCCUGAAGCCCGCGCCGCGUCUCCCGCCGGAGCUCCUGCGGGAGAUCUACACACUGCCCACGCCAACCGCCCUCUCGCAGGCCUCCUCUGCCGCCGCGAACCCCUCCACCGCCACCGGCGCGGAUGCCACCGGGACUCCGAGCCACCGUGGUGCCAGCGGAGGCAAGGCCUCGGGCGUGACGUGUGCCAAGAUGGAGGGCGGGCCGCGGGUCACUUCGGUGAGUGCCGAGCCUGUACCCAACAGCACCAGGGGCACAGCCACUAGUCUAGCUCACCUGCCCAACGGUCGACCCAGGGGACCCCCUCUCGGCGGGGACACCACCCCGGCCACUCCCCGUAGGCCCGCGUCGUCCCAUUCCUCGCGAGGGCCCGUCGCCAAGCCCCCCCGACUUCUAAACUUAGGAGCCAUGCUCGAAGGGCGGCCGCGGCUCCUGACCUUGUCGGCGGUGUCGUCGGCCCGGGCAGCACGUGCGGCGGCAGGUCGAGGCGCGGCCAACAGACUGGCGGCCCACAAUCAACACAGUUCCACCCUUGACCUGGCCCGCGCUGCUGCCACCACCUCCACCCCCAGUCUGUCCCACAGGUCCCUCUCCGAGCCCCAUACUGCGGUGGUCUAGCCGUGUGCCCGGGGUUCUGGGCUGUACGGAGUGGCUGUGUGACCCCACCGUGUGGCCCCUGACCCCUUCAGGCUGUGUACCCCCACCCCCUACCACCCACGCUAACUCAUGUGCACCUUGGAGCCCACACUUCAUGUUCAGAAACAGCAAGCAAGUGGAAUUUCACAAUAUAAAAUAUGCCCCGGUUGCAACGAUAUUGCUAAGGCAGAAAGUAAGACAUCUUUUGAUAACCUUAUAUUUUAAAGGAUUUUAUAUAUAUAUACACACAUUUUCCUAAUUCUCACUUUUUCAUAUAAUUUUGCAAAUAGAAACAAAUUUGUUUUGUGCUAUGAAUGAGAACCAGUUUUGUUUUAAGAAACGCUACGUAUGCAAAUAUCAGAAAAUCUAAAGAACGUUUUCGAUUUAUUGUUUACACUGACAUUUGCGUGGCAUAUGUAGUGCAUAUACAGACUACUGAAAACUGAAUUCCACUUUACAAGUAACUUUCACUUAUAUUAGUAAACUAACUAGAAUACCCAGGGUUACCACCAAACUUUUGCGAAUACUCAAAAAAAAGAGAAAGACAAAUACAUUAUGAGAAUUAAGUAGCAUUACACUCUUUAAAAACCCUGCCAAACAUUGAAAAUAUGAUGACUGAAAAGGGGGCGAAAUAAACACAUAAAAGGAUUUACACUUCAACUAAAGAAGGUGUGCCAGGGGGAGGGGCUGGAGGAAACGACGAUUACCGUAGUUACGGAGGACUCCCUAAUCCGGCAGCCUUUGAGAUAACAUGGGAAGGUGAGCAUCG